AUAGCCUCAAAAAGACAAAAGGAAAGUUUGCCUUUUCUACUUCUUCCUGGAAAGAUGCAAAGUGCUUUAGUAGGCUCCUGGUAGCUCCCAGGAGAGGCUUCUGGUCUGGGGACCCUGAGGUCUGAGACUCAGGAUAAGUGUUUGGGAGAGAUUCACCCUCAUGCCUGCCUUAUUAUAGCACAACACUGGCUUCUAUGGGCACUACAGAGGUCAAUUCAAGAGUGAAAGUGCUCAAGAAUACCGCCUUGCAGCCAAGCCCCAGCCUCCAGCAGUGUUCCUGCAGCGAUGUCAGGGCUUUUCAGUGGCCAGAAGGAAAGCAGGCUGGAACCAGCGCAGCAACACUUGUUCUCCAAGCAUGACAACCGUACUUCUUUCGACAAAGGCCCCUACUGCCUGCUGCAGGGAAUCGGAAGGCGGAAAGACCUGGAGCGCCUAUGGCAGCGGCACACCUUCCUGCGCUGGGCACCCCAUGAGCUGGAGUUGGGCGAGCAGCGGCCCCUUGAAUCCUCCUACCAGGCCAAUUUCCGGUCAGGCCCAGGACUCAGUGACCUCCCCCAGCGCCUUAUCCACUUUGUGCAGAUCGAGCCUCCCCACACCAGCACCACCUACCGGCAGAACUUCUGCCAGCCAUCCCGGGGUGGCCACUGUGGCAGCAACAACAUGGGACCAGUCACCAACACACUGCCUGACCUCCCAGGGAUCCCAAGACCCAAGCUGCUGCGGCAUUACCUUCAUGAUGGGGUCUCGGAGUGUCUAAAUUGGUCCAGAGCAUUAAACAAGGACAGCUGA